ACUUCUUAUAAGGAUUAUGAAAGCUGCUUCAGCCGCUCGAAAACCUUAGUUUAUCCUAGGGUGGCAUUAGGAUCCAUCCACAACCGUGAACCAUCUUCCCUCACCCUCACUCCCUCAGAACCAUCUUCCCUGAUUCCACACCUCUCGGCCGCCUCUCCCUUCAGGCCCUCACAACUCUCUCCUCAGUGCUCAGUCCUCUCGGCCGCCGUCUUGCCGACUUUCUCCGGUGCUCUCUCGCCUCUCGGCCUCUCCUCACUGCUCUGUGCUCUCUCCGUCUCUCACCUCUAGGAGGCAUUUCUGUAGUAAAGGGAUAAAUUUCAAACAUGAGUAAGCUCCAGAGUGAUGUUCUCAGAGAGGCUAUCUCUACCAUAACGAGAGAAUCAAAUGAGAAAAAACGCAACUUCACCGAGACAAUCGAACUCCAAAUUGGACUGAAAAACUACGAUCCCCAAAAGGACAAGCGUUUCAGUGGCUCUGUGAAAUUGCCACACAUCCCUCGUCCUAAGAUGAAGGUUUGCAUGCUUGGAGAUGCUCAGCACGUCGAGGAGGCAGAGAAAAUAGGUUUGGACUAUAUGGAUGUUGAAGGGUUGAAGAAGUUGAACAAGAACAAGAAAUUGGUUAAGAAACUAGCAAAGAAAUAUCAUGCCUUUUUAGCAUCAGAAGCCGUGAUUAAGCAGAUCCCUCGUCUUUUGGGCCCUGGUCUCAACAAGGCAGGUAAAUUUCCAACCCUUGUUACUCACCAAGAAUCUUUGGAGUCUAAAGUGAAUGAGACAAAGGCCAUGGUUAAGUUCCAGCUUAAGAAGGUCCUUUGCAUGGGAAUUGCUGUUGGAAAUGUCUCCAUGGAGGAGAAACAGAUCUUCCAAAACGUGCAGUUGAGCGUUAAUUUCCUUGUUUCACUGUUGAAGAAGAACUGGCAAAACGUGAGGUGCUUGUACCUGAAGACUACAAUGGGGAAGCCACAACGCGUCUUUUAGAAACUGUUCUUUUCCUUUUUUUUUUUACAUGUAUGUUGGAGUUUUGUAUUGAGAAGUUUUGCAAGGUUGAUAUACUUUAGUCUUAUGUUUGAAUUCUCAAAGU